AUUUUUUACUAUGUAACAGUACGUCCCCCACUACACCAUCCUCCACAAGUGAGCCGACGACUACUCCAUCGUCUAACAGUACAUCGAUGACAUCCCCAUCGUCUUUUGCGUUGAGUCGUAAUAGACCACGAAGAAGCCUUUUUUCUCUACAAAAUACACAUAAAGUAAUAGAAUGGAAUUGUGCUAUAAUUAAACAUGAUUACGGUAACAAUACUGAGGUCACCGAACGUACUUGUGUUCUUUCCGACUACAAAUGUACUGAAAGUCUCAAUCACAAAUGUGAAAUCAAGAAAUGCAAUUCAAAUGAGUGUAAUAAUGCUAAUGCGUUAUCAAUUAAUAUGGUAACUUCGACGUGGUUUAUAUUAUCAUGGACGACUGUGUUUAUUCUUACGAGUUCUUAUUAGUUUUUAAGCUUAAUUGAAGCGUUGUGAUGCCAUUUUGUCGUAAAAUGUAUUUUUUUUAAAUCGAGACUCUUCCUGCUAGACUAUCUGGCAAAAUCUUCAUGUUAUGUUAAAUAAAUUUUUGUAAAUAAAACAGAU